AUUCCCGGACAAAGAAAAAAACAAAAAGAGAAUAAUCAAUUUUUUUAGGUCAGAAAGAGGAAAUGGGUACUGAGGAGUUGACGACUAAUUGUACUGAUGUCGACUUUGAUCAUCAGGAUCAAUCCCCGCCCCCACAGUACUCAGAAUCAGAUGAUGAUCACUCAGAGGAGGAAGAGGAGGGUGGCGAUGAUAAUAAUAAUGAAAACUCUCCCAAGCCGCCUGUCGAGUUCUCUGAGGAUGAACUGACGCUCAUUACUAGGAUGUUUCAUCUUGUAGGAAAGAGGUGGUCUUUAAUAGCGGGGAGAAUUCCAGGAAGAAGUGCGGCUGAAAUUGAGGAGUACUGGACUUCAAGAUUUAAUUAAUUAAUUAAUUAAUU